AUGGCGAAACGGCCCAUCAAACCGGCCGUUGAACAACCUAACCCUUCAGCCACAACGACGAGCGUCUCGACGUCGGAAGACCAGCAGCAGCAGGCACAGCAGCAGCAACAGCGAGGAGGAGCUGGGGGAGGUAGCGGUAGUGGUGGGGCAGGUGCAGGAGGUGGAGCAGGAGGUCAAGAUGUGGCCCCGGCAGACGUGGAUACACUCAGUCCUACUACUCCCGUAUCGAAUAAGAAGAGGAGAGCUUUGAAGCAGCCCGCCGCAGCAUCUGGUGCCCCGACCUUAGCGGGGCCAUCGACGGGUGCGAAACGAACGAGGACAAACACUCCCUGGACCGCGGCUGAAGAGCAACGGCUCAAGAACAUGCGAGAUGCUGGGAACUCGUGGAGCGAGAUCGCAAAGACCUUUCCGACCAGGACUGAAGGUAGCGUGAAGAAGCACUGGUACAAGGCAAGUUUAGGGGUUCACUUACCUCCUCCCCCGACUUGCUCUUUCUGUUCACCCACCCCUCCACCCUUUCCUUUUUCUUCCUCUAUAGAUAUACAUACAUACAUACACACAUGUAUAUAUAUAUAUAAUACCCCACGUUUUGUCUUUUUAUACAGCAAGGAAGGGCAUCUACUAACAGAAGUAGGACAUGCAUUAUGCAGAGUUCGGCGAAGAUGAGGUGAGUGAGGCGCCAACACCCAUUUCUCUAGAAGAAAUAAAUGUCUUUUUCUCAAACCUUUCGUCCCUUUCAUCUUGCUGACUUAUUUUUCUGGCUCACAAAAACGAAGAGCGCUGCCUUGCUUGCUGCCAUCAAAGAAUAUGAAGCAAACAAGUGGAAGGUCAUUGGAACUAAGGUUGGGAAGCCGGCAAAGGUACGUUGUCUUUCUAGUUAAAGCAUAAGAUGGGGAGAGGUAAAACCUACACUUUUGAUACUUGUCCUGGCUAACAAGUGGUCUUUAUAUAUAGGCCUGCGAGCAGUAUGCAAAAGAGCAUUUUGCCGGCAAGUAAAAGGGUUUAGCAUCGGGGUUGAUAUCGGUUGGGAACAUGGUGUCGGCGCAUAUUGAAGGGUUUUCUUUGUUCCUUUGCUUAUCCUCCAUUUUUCAUUUUUCUUCCUUCGAUUGCUUUUCUUUGCUUUCUGGUCAGGUUGUCGGUAAACGAGUAUUGUUUGUCUUUUCGUCUUGGUUCCGUCCCUUCUAAAAAUCAUUUCGAUGUAGUCUCCCGUGGAUGUGAAGAGAAGCGAGUCUUGAAUAUCCCUCCCCCCCCUCCCGCUCUUUUCUCCUACAAUACUUAUCAUAUUUUCUAACAUCUCAUCGUCAUCAUCAUCUCCAUCAUCUUCACCCUCAUCAUCAUACCUUAUUUUUAUUUAUUCCCUUUCUUCACAUUUCGGGGUUCUUUUUUAAUCGGUGGCACUCGACGGCGUCUGCGUGGUUUGGGCGAAUUCUGUUGGUGAGUUUUUCUGAACAAGCCAUCGGGGAUUAUUCGGCUUUCGAGGUUAACUACUGUAAUCGUCUCUUUUCUUAAUUUUGAUAAGGUUCCAUCCACUCGUCAAACUGCCACUGGUCCUCCCCCAAUUGACGUCACGCCGACAGCUGUCACAAAAAAAAGGAAAAAAGGAAAAAAGGAACAGGCAGG